CACAAUAUAGGAUGUUGGGCGUGAGAGAAAGUUUUCCUCACUUGUCAUUGAGGCGCCCAUUCUCGAGCAGCUUGGUUGGUAAAUGUCUCAACCAAUUCCUCUCUCUCGUUUAAGGUCACCAGCCACAUCAAGAUUUCUGACCGAGGAACAGACUCCGAGAGAUGUCGAAGACGUGUUCCCAACUACACCAUCGUUCGACCAGCCUCCAGACCCCAUAACUUCACCGUGGAAACGUGCCCUCUUCGACUUGCUCGAAUCUCCAACAUCAUCUUUGUCGGCCUUUCUCGUCCACUUUGCAUCAACUUCUCUCAUCGUAUUUUCUGCUAUCGUUACAAUUUUGGAGACUGUGCCAAGUUUUCACUCUAUCUCCCCUCGAGUAUGGUUUGGUCUAGAAACAAGUAUGGUGCUUCUUUUUACCGUAGAGUACUCCGCACGGUGUGUCGCAUGGAGCUCCACUUGGAUCUCAUUGGUUAAAUGGAUGUUCUCCUUCUAUGGGGUCAUUGACAUGCUGGCUAUAUUGCCCUAUUACAUUGAGAUAGUGCUGCAGCAAGAUACCUCUGUCCUGUUCCGCUUCUCCAUUCUGCGUAUGUUUCGACUAUUGCGGGUCUUCAGGCCGUUCCGAUACAAUAGCACCAUACUUCUAACCAUCGAGGUCAUGUAUCUGGCUGUUCGUAGAUCACAUCACGCAUUGCUUGCACUUAGUUUUUUUAUUGCAAUGGUGUUGACCGUGUUCAGCACGCUAUUAUAUUUCUCAGAGCGUGGUACUUGGGACGAUAAUUUGGAAACGUUCAUUAAUUCAGAUGGUGACGCAACUCAGUUCCAAUCUAUACCCGCAGCCGCUUGGUUCGUGCUAGUCACAAUUACUACAGUGGGUUAUGGAGAGAUUACACCUCGCUCUAUUCUCGGGCGCUUGAUCACAGUUCCUCUUCUUGCUUUUGGCUUGCUUCUUAUCGCCCUCCCAAGCUUCGUUCUCGGUAGAGAAUUUAGCCUAGUCUGGGAGCAGAUGGCCGAUGAUGGGGGAAUCACACGAGAACAUAACUCUACUAUGGCUGCCUUUGGUCACCAUCGACUAGAAUCUCAACCUCCAGAGCCACUAAAGGACCUUUCCAAUCGGAAGCUCGCUCAUAAUCAAGCGGAGCUGAGUCAGCAGAUAUCAGAACUACGAGUGACGGUGGAGAUGCAGGGCGAAAUGAUUCGGGAGUUGCUUGGAUAUCUUCGCGUAGACGGAACAGCGAAAGGAAAGUGCAGGGAAAAUGUUGUUGGAGAUGCUAUGAGCUAACACAUGUAGAAUUUGUUAACUUGGCUGUUUUCACUCAGCUUGACCCAGCGUCUACUACCGUCGGGUUACCGGGACUCGUGAGAGGUGUUCUAGUGCUAUUAUUGACCACGCCAGUACUUCACGUGCAUGUUCUUCUUGCAGAUAUUAAUGUCGUCUGCCUAAUGUGUAAGUUUGUAUGCGUAUCGAUACCAUCUCUAGAGCCUUGGACUAUGGACUACUUACCCUUGUCCAAUCCUCAAAUGCCCCGGCUGUAAGCGAAACUUCGGCCAACGAUACUUUAAAAGUAGCUGCAGCACUUGCACCACGUCCUAACGCCAUAUGAUACAGUCGCUUAUCCUAUAUGACACCCUCUCCAAUCUAUCAGGCAAUUUCUGGUCACCCAACACGGCGAAGCCGAGGACAGCGGUAAUUUU